GUGUCUCUGAUGUCUCUUACUAAUUUAUUUCCAAGUUUGACACUCCUGGGAUGAUCUACUGGUUUAGAUGCAUACUUUGGUAAUAUUUUAAGUGAGUGGUGUUGGGACUAGUGCACUGUGCUUGGUUUUCUUAAUUAAAACUGCACAGCUUUGAGCAGUUGGAGUUGCAAUGUCUGCAGAUACCCUUUUUGCUAAUAUAGUAAUCAGAGAACUUAGAAAUCAGGGUAAAUAAAUGCAAUUAUCCCCAUCAAGUCAAUUUAUUUUUCAAUUCUAAGGCUGAUGUAUUUAGUCUUAAAAAGCUGUCCACGGGAAAUGGCUCAUUUCCUGGAUUCUGCUUCUCUUAUGCUAGUAAAGGCCCAUGUGCCAGUAACUUGAGACAGAAACUUUGUCUAAUAACUUGUUCAAACUUAUCCUCAAGAUUUCUAGAUUGAUGUGAUGCAUCUUGAUUCAAAAGGUUUUUGCUAGGGGAAAUUUGGGUCAAAGUUUUCAUCUGAUCAAGUAAGUCUCUCAGUUUCAUGGCAAACGAUCAGAUUACUGCAAUCUUCAGGUUCCAUUAUUUCUGCUGCAUAAUUGCAAUUCUUUCUGCAUUUUCUUUCAUCUCAAUCUUUUUUUGGUGUCAUUUUUCCAGCAAUUGCUAUUCCAUAAACCAAAUAAUGAUGCAGAAUCCAAAGGAAGACAUUGACUUACUUACAUUCCCUUCUGCCUGGAAUCAUCUUUCUUUCCCUUCUGAACCUCCUCCUAAACUUCUUAAAAUUGCCCUUUUUGUCAAGAAAUGGCCUCAUAAGUCUCAUGCAGGAGGGCUUGAAAGGCAUGCCUUGACUCUACACCUUGCCCUUGCAAAAAGGGGCCAUGAGCUGCACAUUUUCACUACUUCUUCACCAAAUUCCUCCUUCCAAGAUAUCCAAUUGCAAUUUAUUUUUCAUCUUUCAAAGCCAACAGGUGCUGGUUAUCUGGAGCAGGCCGUCGUCUGGAAGCAGUUUCAAACUCAAAAUUCCACCAGAAGACCAUUUGAUGUGAUCCACACAGAAAGCGUUGGACUGUUGCAUACUCGAGCAAAGAACCUGACAAAUCUAGCUGUUACAUGGCAUGGGAUUGCAUAUGAAACCAUUCAUUCGGAUAUCAUUCAAGAGCUUCUGCGGACUCCUGAAGAACAGCAGGCUUAUGUGCUGACUGAAAGAGCUAAGAAGGUUGUUGAAGAGGUGAGAUUUUUUCCAAGAUAUUCUCACCAUGUUGCUACGAGUGACCAUGCCGGAGAUGUCCUGAAACGGAUUUACAUGAUCCCAGAAGAAAGAGUCCACAUCAUUCUUAAUGGAGUAGAUCAGGAGAUCUUCAAACCUGAUUUCUCUCAAGGAAAUGAUUUUAAAGGGAAGUUUGGCAUCUCAAAAAGUAGAUCUUUGAUUUUGGGAAUGGCUGGGAGGUUGGUAAAAGAUAAAGGGCACCCUUUAAUUUUUGAAGCUUUGAAGCAAAUAUUUAUGGAAAAUGAAAAAUUCCGAGAAACUGUUAUUGUUCUUGUUGCUGGUGAUGGGCCUUGGGGUGCUAGAUACAGAGAUCUUGGGGCCAACAUACUUGUUUUGGGUCCAUUGGAACAAGCUCAAUUAGCAAAUUUCUAUAAUGCAAUAGAUAUUUUCGUGAAUCCAACUCUCCGAGCUCAGGGACUAGAUCAUACUUUGUUAGAAGCAAUACUCACUGGGAAACCAGUAAUAGCUACAAGACUUGCCAGCAUCACGGGGUCAGUAAUUGUCGGACGAGAAAUGGGUUACACUUUCCUCCUACUGUUGCCCCUUGAAAAGGCUCUCUAUAGGGUUUGGAAUGAUGAAGAGAGGUUUUGCAGGAAGAAAGGCAAGGUUGCUAGGGAAAGAGGGUUGCAAUUGUUCACUGCCACGAAAAUGGCAGCUGCAUAUGAAAGACUGUUUCUCUGCAUAUUAAAGGAAAAAUAUUGCAAAUACCAAAAUCCGUUUAAUUAACCUUGCAAUGUUAGUUUGAUAUUCAAGUUUGUGACAGCAUGUGGUGCAAGAAUCAAUUAGAUUAUCCUUGAGGCUGUAUCUCUUAUAAGACUUGGUGAAGUUCUUUGAUCUCUAUCUCAUUGAUAGUCCUGACUGUCCAGAGACAUGCAAGAAGAGUUGUACAACACAUCUUUCGGCACUAGCAGCACCAGAUGAAGAAAUAAAGUUCCUGUUUAAGAAAGUGGAAAAGAACCCAACUACUUCAUUGCCUGAAGCCUGCUAUAUCCAAGGAUUUCCAGGACGAAGGCAAAGACUUAUAUGAAGAUGGCAUGGCACGGACAUAGUGCACUUACUAUUGGCAGCCAGAUGACAGAUUACAUCUAUAGAGUCUUGGUUAAUUUAGGAAAGAUAUGCAAGUCAAAUGGUAUGCGAUAGGCAUUACAUAUUUCAUUGAAUAUAUCUUAAGAAACAUGGGAUAU